CUUCAACAUGUAGUCUCUCAAUGUUACGAGGCAUGUGAGCCUCGGUACGGUAUUCCUUUCCCCUGGUUGUUCUAGUUGCAGACACUGCGUGCAACAGAUCUUGUGCACCCUUAGUUGCUAUCACUCCAAAUCAGAUCAAGCACCAUGGCGUCCAGACCUAUUCGUAUAGCAGGUGCUUCGGGCUCUGUCUCUGACCGCCGCCAUGCCAUCGCCUCGUUUGCCAAGGCGUACCCCUCGGAUCCCGUCGACGUGAUCAUAUGCGACUUCAUGUCCGAAGUCAAUAUGACGGUGGCCGCAGGGAGGAAGACAGAACAGCAGGCUGCAGCAAACGACGCCGAACCCAACCCGUUCAUGGGAGCUGGUCCGGCCUUCGAAGCGUCCUUCCUCGAAGCCCUGGAGCCUGCUCUGGAAGACCUAGCAAAACACAAGAUCAAGGUUGCGGCAAACGCAGGGAAUGCGGACACCGAGGCUUUGUACAAGCACGUCUGCGAUAUGGUCAAAAAGAAAGGACUGGACAUACCCGUGGCCUGGAUAUCUGGGGAUGCAGUGCUGCCAGCAAUCAAUACGGCCUUGAAAGAGGGGACAUCCAAGUUCAAGAACGUAUAUACCGGUGAUAUUCUGUCGUCCUGGGAAUUCGAACCAAUCUAUGCACAUGCAUAUCUUGGUGGGUUGGGCAUUGCGGACGCUUUUUCCCAGGGAGCACAGAUCGUUGUAUGUGGUCGUGUCGCCGAUGCUUCGCCGGUCAUAGGGUCGGCAUACUGGUACCACAAGUGGGAACGAUCACAAUUGAAGGAGUUGGCCAACGCAUUUGUCGCUGGCCAUCUCAUCGAGUGCUCGACAUACGUGACUGGUGGGAACUUUAGUGGUUUCAAGGCCCUUGAACAUACUAAGGCCGGCUGGACCGACCUUGGCUUCCCAAUUGCUGAGAUCUCGAAGAAUGGAGCCAUCGUGAUCACGAAACAGAAGUCCACGGGAGGCGUUGUGACCAUACAUACCUGCUCGUCGCAACUCUUGUACGAGAUCCAAGGACCAUGGUACUACAACUCCGACGUCACUGCCGUGCUGGAUCAGAUCUGGUUCGAACAGGUCGGCCCAGAUCGUGUUGCUGUACAUGGUGUACAAGCGCUGCCACCGCCUCCGACAACGAAAGUCGGACUCACAGCCCGAGGUGGGUUCCAGGCUGAAGCCUUCUACUUCCUGACUGGACUGGAUGUUGCCGAGAAGGCGCGCAUGACUGAAGAUCAAAUGAGGGUGGCCCUGAAGCCGUUCUCCGACAAGUUCACUACGUUAUCGUUCGGCGUGCUGGGAUCGGCCGCACCAAAUGCAGAUAAUCAGAAUGCGGCGACUGCAGUUUUUCGUGUGUUUGCACAAGCCCGCAAGUCCGACGAUAUCGCGCCAAACAAGUUCCUUCGUCCCGUCAUCGACAAUAUCAUGCAGGGCUACCCGGGGUCUACGUUCCAUCUGGAUUUCAGGCUGGGCAUUCCCAAGCCCUACUAUGAAUACUACGUUACGCUUUUGGAUCAGUCAAAGGUCGCGCACACAGUGCACUUCAAUGGCAAGGAUACAGUUGUACCGCCACCCACCGUGACGAAGACGUUUGCCGAGCGGCAGCCAAGCCAGCCGACUGCCAACUCGCAAGUUGACUUGAGUAAAUUUGGACCGACUGAAAGACUGCCGAUUGGAACCAUUGUCAAUGCUCGAUCUGGAGAUAAAGGUGCAGAUUGCAACUGCGGAUUCUGGGUGCGGAAUCAAGAUGAGUACGAGUGGCUGAAGAAUCUACUGUCGGUCGAGACAAUCAAGGAACUGCUCGGCAAGGAGUAUGAUACUUCCAGAGUGCCGAAAAUUGAAGUUGACAGAUUCGAGUUGCCGAAUCUUAGGGCUGUGCAUUUCUUGUUCAGGAAUUUGUUGGACAGAGGAGCUCCGAGCACUGCGACUGUUGACUUUUUGGGGAAGAACACUGCAGAAUAUCUGAGGAACAGACAUGUUGAUGUACCGGUCAAGUUCUUGAGUAGAGGGAAAUUGUGAAUGAGAUGAUGCAUCCUACCAAAGAUUGAUUGACUGCUUUUGCUAUAUUGAAGAGGUUGAAUCUGUAGGUUGGAUUCUCCAAACCCAGCUCAGAAAAAUUCCUGGCCAGGUGCAC